AUGGACCCGGGAGAACAAGGGCCAGUGGUGGGGUGGGAAGGUAUGGUGGACCCCGGGAGAACCGGCAGGGGCAGUGGUGGGAAGGUAUGGACCCGGGAGAACAAGGGCCAGUGGUGGGGUGGGAAGGUAUGGACCCGGGAGAACCAGGGCCAGGGGUGGGAAGGUAUGGACCCGGGAGAACAAGGGCCAGGGGUGGGAAGGUAUGGACCCGGGAGAACCAGGGCCAGGGGUGGGAAGGUAUGGACCCGGGAGAACAAGGGCCAGGGGUGGGAAGGUAUGGACCCGGGAGAACCAGGGCCAGGGGUGGGAAGGUAUGGACCCGGGAGAACAAGGGCCAGGGGUGGGAAGGUAUGGACCCGGGAGAACAAGGGCCAGUGGUGGGAAGGUAUGGACCCGGGAGAACAAGGGCCAGUGGUGGGAAGGUAUGGAAGUAUACUGAACAAAAUAUAAACGCAACAUGUAAAGUGUUGGUCCCAUGUUUCAUGAGCUGAAAUAAAAGAUCCCAGAAAUUUUCCAUACGCACUAAAAAAGCUUAUUUCUCUCAUAUGUUGUGCACAAAUUCGUUUACAUCCCUGUUAGCGAGCAUUUCUCUUCUGCAAAGAUAGUACAUCCACCUGACAGGUGUGGCAUAUCAAGAAGCUGAUUAAACAGCAUGAUCACUACAUAGGUGCACCUUGUGCUGGGGGACAAUAAAAUGCCACUCUAGAAUGUGCAGGUUUGUCACACAACACAAUGCCACAGAUGUCUCAAGUUUUGAGGGAGUGGGCAAUUGUCAUGCUGACUGCAGGAAUGUCCACCAGAGCUGUUGCCAGAGAAUGGAAUGUUCAUUUCAUUUCUCUACCAUAAGCCAACGUCGUUUUAGAGAAUUUGGCAGUAUGUCCAACCGACCUCACAACCGCCGACCACGUGUAACCACGCCAGCCCAGGACCUCCACAUUACAUUUACAUUUUACAUUUUAGUCAUUUAGCAGACGCUCUUAACCAGAGCGACUUACAGGAGCAAUUAGGGUUAAGUGCCUUGCUCAAGGGCACAUUAACGUCAUUUAGCAGACGCUCUUAGCCAGAGCGACUCACAAAUUGGUGCGUUCACCCUAUAGCCAGUGGGAUAACCACUUUACAAUUUGGGGGGGGGGGGGGGGGGGUUAGAAGGAAUACUUUAGCCUAUCCCAGGUAUUCCUUAAAGAGGUGGGGUUUCAAAUGUCUCCGGAAGGUGGUGAGUGACUCCGCUGUCCUGGCGUCGUGAGGGAGCUUGUUCCACCAUUGGGGUGCCAGAGCAGCGAACAGUUUUGACUGGGCUGAGGGGGAGCUGUGCUUCCGCAGAGGAAGGGGAGCCAGCAGGCCAGAGGUGGAUGAACGCAAUGUCCUCGUUUGGGUGUAGGGACUGAUCAGAGCCUGAAGGUACAGGGGUGCCGUUCCCCUCACUGCUCCAAAGGCAAGCACCAUGGUCUUGUAGCGGAUGCGAGCUUCAAUUGGAAGCCAGUGGAGUGUGCGGAGGAGGGGGGUGACGUGAGAGAACUUGGGAAGGUUGAACACCAGACGGGCUGCGGCAUUCUGGAUGAGUUGUAGGGGUUUAAUGGCACAGGCAGGGAGCCCAGCCAACAGCGAGUUGCAGUAGUCCAGACGGGAGAUGACAAGUGCCUGGACCAGGACCUGCGCCGCUUCCUGUGUAAGGCAGGGUCGCACUCUCCGAAUGUUGUAGAGCAUGAACCUGCAGGAGCGGGUCACCGCCUUGAUGUUGGCGGAGAACGACAGGGUGUUGUCCAGGGUCACGCCUAGGCUCUUCGCACUCUGGGAGGAGGACACAGCGGAGUUGUCUACCGUGAUGGCGAGAUCAUGGAACGGGCAGUCCUUCCCGGGGAGGAAGAGCAGCUCCGUCUUGCCAGGGUUCAGCUUGAGGUGGUGAUCCGUCAUCCAUACUGAUAUGUCUGCCAGACAUGCAGAGAUGCGAUUCGCCACCUGGUGAUCAGAAGGGGGAAAGGAGAAGAUUAGUUGUGUAUCGUCAGCGUAGCAAUGAUAGGAAAGGCCAUGUGAGGAUAUGACAGAGCCAAGUGACUUGGUGUAUAGGGAGAAAAGGAGAGGGCCCAAAACCGAUCCCUGGGGGACACCAGUGGUGAGAGCACGUGGUUGCGGAGACAGCUUCCCGCCACGCCACUUGGUAGGAGCGACCGGUCAGGUAGGACGCAAUCCAGGAGUGAGCCGCGCCGGAGAUGCCCAUUUCGGAGAGGGUGGAGAGGAGGAUCUGAUGGUUCACAGUAUCAAAGGCAGCAGACAGAUCUAGAAGGACAAGAGCAGAGGAGAGAGAGUUAGCUUUAGCAGUGCGGAGAGUCUCUGUGACACAGAGAAGAGCAGUCUCAGUUGAAUGACCAGUCCUGAAACCUGAUUGGUUUGGAUCAAGAAGGUCAUUCUGAGAGAGAUAGCAAGAGAGUUGGCUAAAGACGGCACGCUCAAUAGUUUUGGAAAGAAAAGAAAGAAGGGAUACUGGUCUGUAGUUGUUGACAUCAGUGGGGGUCGAGUGUUGGUUUUUUGAGAAGGGGAGUAACUCUCGCUCUCUUGAAGACGGAAGGGACAUGGCCAGCGGUCAAGGAUGAGUUGAUCAGCGAGGUGAGGUAGGGGAGAAGGUCACCGGAGAUGGUCUGGAGAAGGGAGGAGGGGAUGGGGUCAAGCGGGCAGGUUGUUGGGGCGGCCUGCAGUCACAAGUCGCAGGAUCUUAUCUGGAGAGAGAGGGGAGAAAGAAGUCAAAGCAUAGGGUAGGGCAGUGUGAGCAGGACCAGCAGUGUCAUUAGGCUUAACAAACAAGGAUCGGAUGUCGUCAACCUUCUUUUCAAAGUGGUUGACGAAGUCAUCCACAGAGAGAGAGGAGGGGGGGGAGGGGGGGGGGGAGGAUUCAGGAGGGAGGAAAAUGUGGCAAAGAGCUUCCUAGGGUUAGAGGCAGAUGCUUGGAAUUUAGAGUGGUAGAAGGUGGCCUUAGCAGCAGAAACAGAUGAAGAAAAUGUAGAGAGGAGGGAGUGAAAAGAUGCCAGGUCGGCAGGGAAUUUAGUUUUCUUCCAUUUCCGCUCCGCUGCCCGGAGCUCUGUUCUGUGAGCUCGCAAUGAGUCAUCAAGCCACGGAGCUGGAGGGGAGGACCGAGCCGGCCGUGAGGAUAGGGGACACAGAGAGUCAAAGGAUGCAGAAAGGGAGGAGAGGAGGGUUGAGGAGGCAGAAUCAGGAGAUUGGAGGGAGAAGGAUUGAGCAGAGGGAAGAGAUGAUAGGAUGGAAGAGGAGAGAGUAGUGGGAGAGAGAGAGCGAAGGUUGCGGCGGCGCAUUACCAUCUGUUGUAGGGGGCGGAGUGAGUAGUGUGGGAGGAGAGUGAGAGAGAAAAGGAAACAAAGUAGUGGUCGGAGACUUGGAGGGGAGUUGCAGUGAGAUUAGUAGAGGAGCAGCAUCUAGUGAAGAUGAGGUCAAGCGUAUUGCCUGCCUUGUGAGUAGGGGGGGACGGUGAGAGGGUGAGGUCAAAAGAGGAGAGGAGUGGAAAGAAGGAGGCAGAGAGAAAUGAGUCAAAUGUGGACAUAGGGAGGUUGAAAUCCCCCAAAACUGUGAGGGGUGAGCCAUCCUCAGGGAAGGAACUUAUCAAGGCGUCAAGCUCAUUGAUGAACUCUCCAAGGGAACCUGGAGGGCGAUAGAUGACAAGGAUAUUAAGCUUAAAUGGGCUAGUGACUGUGACAGCAUGGAAUUCAAAUGAGGAGAUAGACAGAUGGGUUAGGGGAAAAAAUUGAGAAUGUCCACUUGGGAGAGAUGAGGAUUCCUGUACCACCACCCCUCUGACCAGAUGCUCUCGGGGUAUGCGAGAACACAUGGUCAGACGAGGAGAGAGCAGUAGGAGUAGCGGUGUUUUCAGUGGUGAUCCAUGUUUCCGUCAGCGCCAGGAAGUCGAGGGACUGGAGGUUGGCAUAGGCUGGGAUGAAGUCAGCUUUGUUGGCAGCAGAACGGCAGUUCCAGAGGCUGCCUGCGACCUGGAACUCCACGUGGGUGGUGCGUGCAGGGACCACCAAAUUGGAGAGGCAGCAGCCACGCGGUGUGGUGCGUUUGUGUAGCCUGUGCAGAGAGGAGAGAACAGGGAUAGGCAGAGGCAUAGUUGACAGGCUGUAGCAAAUGGCUACAAAAAUGCAGAGGAGAUCGGAAUGAAAUGGGCUAAGCAUCUGGGAGUGGAGAGAGCAGGGCCUCCCUCACCAAAUCUUCUAGCUCGGAAACUAAAAUUGUUUCACUGAACCACCCGAACAAAAACUCUCCCAACUUCCGCCUUUGGAAAUCAGAAUUGUUGUGAACCACAGCGGUUCAAUGUUUAAAGGAGUAGACUCAACCCACUUUGUUCAGCUAGCCAACUAUGACUCCAUAGCCAACUAGCAGACUAGCAUCCAAUAACAAUAACACACCGUUUAGCGCCAACACUUGGUCACAACAAACCACCAAUAUUGUGAUAUCACACUAAACAGAUCAUUCGUGUCUGUGUCAAGUUCCUUAUAUGACGCAGCAAUGAUUAGACGUUGGCUAGCUAGGACAAGUAAAUUGUGGUUAACUACUACAGUACAGCCAAAUGGUCAUGUUGGGUAGCUAGCAAUGGCCACUGUGUCGACUCUGUUUGAAGAACGGCUAGCUAGCUAGCUUCGUGCUACAGCUGGCACGGCCGAGGACACUGCCAAGACACAGUAACUACCCACAACAACCCACGAAGCCUAGCUAUGACGCCGUAGCCAACCUGCAAGCUAGCAUCCAUUAACACACAACUAGCAUCAACACCUGGCCACAACAAACUGCCAAGAGUGUGUCAGCACACCAAACAGACAAUUCAAGUCCGUGUCGAGUUCCCUUCACAACGCAGCAAAAAAAAAUAAUAAUAAUAAUAAUAAUAAUAAUAAUUAAACGUUGGAACCAGCUCUCCAGCGUUGCUAAUCGUUACCAAUAGCUACCCGCUAGCUAGCUAGCCUCAUGCCUCGAAACUAACCCACAAAUUACCCACGGAAAGCUACAAUAACAACAAUACUAACCUACAAUAAAUACAAUACCUAACUACAGCUAACUACCUACCUACGAUCUAAUACAUGGUUAAGCUUUACUCAACACUACAUGUAGCUUACCCCUACUUACCUACUUACCUCCAGCCAGAGAAAAACACGUCAGUCUUCUUCACCUGUGGGAUUGUCUGAGACCAGCCAGCCACCCGGGCAGCUGAUGAAACUGUAGGUUUGCACAACCAAAUAAUUAAUGCACAAACUGUCAGAGAUACUGUGAUGAGAUCCUGAGGCCCAUUGUCUUGCCAUUCAUCCACCGCCAUCAACUCAUGUUUCAGCAUGAUAAUGCACAGCCCCAAGUUCGCAAGGAUCUGCACACAAUUCCUGGAAGCUGAACAUGCCCCAGUUCUUCCAUGGCCUGCAUACCCACCAGACAUGUCACCCAUUGAGCAUGUUUGGGAUGUUCUGGAUCCAUGUGUACGACGGCGUGUUCCAGUGCCCGCCAAUAUCCAGCAACUUCGCACAGCCAUUGAAGAGGAGUGGGACAACAUUCCACUGGCCACAAUCAACAGCCUGAUCAACUCUAUGCGAAGGAGAUGUUUAACACUGCAUGAGGGAAAUAGUGGUCACACCAGAUACUGACUGGUUUUCUGAUCCACGCACCUACCUUUUUUGAAAAGGUAUCUGUGACCAACAGAUGCAUAUCUGUAUUCCAAGUCAUGUGAAAUCCAUAGAUUAGGGCCUAAUUUAUUUAUUUAAAUUGACUGAUUUUCCUUUAUAUGAACUGUAAAGUCUUUGAAAUUGUUGCAUGUUGCGUUUUUAUAUUUUUGUUCAUUGUACAUUAUCAACCGUUCCCGUGUGAGUGAAUCAGUCGCUCAUCCGGAUGAAACGGACCUUGGCUACUCUCACUCUGUCGCCAGACUCACCGCUAAACCAACACAGUUCAUUAUCUCAACUUCUCAACUGACCUUAGUGCAAGUUCAAACACAUUCAAAUGUAUUGCUAUAUUUUAAUAUGACAAGUUGUUGUUAGUUACAAAGAGAAAAACCAAUGCCCUUUAUUACAAAACGUCAUACUUGACAAUGUAACUCAUUCACUCUUCAAAGGUGGUGUGUUUUCUCUGUACUUGAUGCAGUCUACCACCACGUUACCUGGCUAUAGGAGUGUAUCCUGCUCUGUGCUGUUAACGUUAUCUUUCUGCCGCAUGUAUAACGUUAGUUCAAUGUCCAGCCCUAACUUUGACUAACAAAUGUACGUACCGCAGACGUCACUGUGUAUGUUCAGUGUUUCUCAAUGACAUCUGCCCUUGAAUGGAAUCUAUUGGAAUCCAAUGCUAUAUAGAUGGGUAUAGACCGGAAUGGUUUGAUGACAAUGCAUCCCUGUUUCCAUAUGUACGUAACUGAAGCAGUCGCUGUAUUUAGAGGACUUUUUACAUGGAGCAGUGAGAUGAAAAAUGUGUUGGUGACUAUGUACGGUGCUGCUCUGUCUCCCCCUGUUGGCCAGUGAGGGACGUGGUGCAUGACGUCAGACUGGGUUAAGGCAUAGGGGUCAGGAUUAGGGGUGGUGUUGGGGUACAUUACAUCACUGUGCUGCUCUGUCUCCCCCUGGUGGCCAGUGGGGGACAUAACGAAGGACGUAAAGACAGGUGGAGAAUCUCAAUUGCAUGUCCUUGAUUCCUUGCGUCCUCUCUCCUCGCCUCCUUCUCAAAACCCCAUUGGAUGAGAAGGUCAGAAAAGAGACCCUCUGACCUUCUCAUCCAAUGGGUUUUGAGAAGGAGGCGAGGAGAGAGGACGCAUUGGAAUCAAGGAAAUGCUAUUAAGGUUCUUCCAGGGUUCUAAACAUCAGACAGGGAUAUUCAGUCUGAUAGAAGUCUGCCUAAAAAAGAUGCAAGACUCUCUACAAUCCAGAAUGUUGAAUAAAAGGAUAUUUACCCUUAUUUUACCGGUUGUACGUGGUGUUGGUCCUUUUGGCGGUAGGAGGUGGAGAAAGGGUAUCCACAGGAAAGUGUUGUUUACCCAACUUUUUGCGGCGUUGGUAGGUUCUGUCACUUGUAUUUUUCAAUCUCCUGAUGCAUUGCACAAUAUGUAAACAAUAGCCCGAAUGUAACCGAACGUAGUCGACCGAAGCACGUUUCGGGCGCAAUCAGCUGGAAGGGUUUGUGAAAUUUGCCAGCUGAUUUGUGUUGGACAGUGUUCGGCUUCUGGUUCAGUUAGGCUCGCCAAUAUUGUGCAAGUGUUUGUCACAUGCGAAUUGUGUCAGUAUUGAAAAUACAAAACCGGAAAAACUAAUGAUAUACAGACUAGCGUACUGAAGGUUGGGUUGAUAACACUUCCCUGUGGAUAUUCUGUCUCAGAUUACCUCUGACAAAUUGAAAUUAAAUGGGACUGUUCGGGAAUGCUGAGGUAGGGGUUAGGGUAGAGAUGGGGGUAGAUUAGAGGUAGGGCUAGGUUAGAUGUAGGGGUUAGGGUAUAGAUGGGGGUAGGUUAGGGGUUAGGUUAGAGGUAGGGGUUACAGUAGAGAUGGAUGGAGGGAGGGUAGGGGUUAGGGUAGAGGUUAGGGUAGGGGUAGGUUAUAGGUAGGAGUUAGGGUAGAGGUAGGGGUUAGGGGUAGGUUAGGGUAGGGGUUAGAGCUAGGGGGAGGUUUAGAGGUAGGGGUUAGGGUAGAGAUGGGGUAGGUUGGGGUUAGGGUAGAGCUGGGGGUAGGUUAGGGUAGGGGUUGAGCUAGGGUAGGUUUUAGAGGUAGGGGUUAGGGUGGAGGUAGGGGUUAGGGUGGAGGUAGGGGUUAGGGUGGAGGUAGGGGUUAGGGUGGAGGUAGGGGUUAGGGUGGAGGUUUAGGGUUAGGGUGAGGUAGGUUAGGGUAGAUGUAGGGGUUAGGGUGGAGGUAGGUUUAGUGUUGAGUAGGGGUUAGGGUAGAGUUAGGGUGUUAGGGUGUAGGUAGGGGUUAGGGUAUAGAUGGGGUUAGGUUGUAGGUGGGGUGGGUAGUUAGAGUAGGGUAGGGUAGGGGUAGAGAUUAGGGUAUGGUUAGGGGUUAGGUGGAGGUAGGGGUAGUAGGUAGGUUAGGUGUUGGUUAGGUAGGGUGUUAGGGGUAGAUGGAUGGAGGUAGGGGUAGGGUAGGUUAGGUGAGAUGAGGUAGGGGUUAGGGUUAGGUUAGUGUUAGAAGAUGGAGGUAGGGGUAGGGUUAGUGUGUUUAUGGAGUUGUGUAGAUGUGAGGGUAUGGGGUAGGGGUAGGGUAGUGUUAGGGUAUAGAUGGAGGUAGGGGUAGGGUAGUGUUAGGGUAGAGGGUAGUGUUAGGGUAGAGAUGGAGUUAGGGGUAGGGUAGUGUUAGGUUAGGAUGGAGGAGGGUAUGUAGGUUAGGGUUAUGGGGUAGUUAGGGUGUUAUGUUAGGGUAGAGAUGGAAGUAGGGGUAGGGUAGUGUUAGGGUAGACUACGUCACUGUGCUGCUCUGUCUCCCCCUGUAGGCCAUUGAGGGACAUUGUGGAUGACAUCAGAAGGGGGAACUGGCUGAGGUUUGGAGCAGGAAAACUCAAGGAGCUCUGUAAACUACUGCCAGAGGAGGGAGAGGUAAGGAACUAACUAACCACACUCACUCCAUCACCCUGUAAACACUCACUCCAUCACCCUGUAAACACUCACUCCAUCACCCUGUAAACUACUGCCAGAGGUGGGUUGAGGUGACAAUGGCUGCGUUUUAGACAAUUCUGAUAUUUUUCAGAGCUGAUCUGAUUGGUCAAAAUACCCAUUAGUGAAAAAAAUAAAUAAAUGAUCACAAUUGAACUGUCAUGUGUUUCUUUAUGUUCCUUUGUAUUUCUGACCCGGCUGCCUGUCUGACCCGGCUGCCUGUCUGACCCGGCUGCCUGUCUGUCUGACCCAGCUGCCUGUCUGACCCAGCUGCCUGUCUGACCCGGCUGUCUGUCUGACCCGGCUGCCUGUCUGACCCGGCUGCCUGUCUGACCCGGCUGCCUGUCUGACCCGGCUGCCUGUCUGUCUGACCCGGCUGCCUGUCUGUCUGACCCGGCUGCCUGUCUGACCCGGCUGCCUGUCUGACCCGGCUGCCUGUCUGACCCGGCUGCCUGUCUGUCUGACCCGGCUGCCUGUCUGACCCGGCUGCCUGUCUGACCCGGCUGCCUGUCUGACCCGGCUGCCUGUCUGACCCGGCUGCCUGUCUGACCCGGCUGCCUGUCUGAUGGGACUAAUGCUGUAUUGUCUUCCCACCAGGUUAAGAAGCUACAGUCGUUCAGUGGAGACCUGACCCAGCUGUCUGAUCCAGACCUCUUCAUGGUGCUGCUGGUGAAAGUACCAGGGUGAGAAGAGUUCUGACGACGGUACUAGGUUGGGCUGGUUAAAGCACCUGGGUGUGAAUGGGUUCAUUGUGAUGAUGAUGAUGAUGAUGAUGGUGUUGUCUAUCUCUAGCUACGAGGAGCGUCUCAGGACUCUGAUGCUGAGAGAAGAAUUCUUCCCCCUGAUGGAUGAGAUGAAACACUCCAUCGCUGUCAUGACUAAAGCAGCUAACGGUGACACACACACACACACACACACACACACACACACACACACACAUAUACAAACACAUAUACACACAGAAACACACACUGCUCCACCUCCAUACCACUAGUUAAUGCUCUCUCUGUCUCUGUCUCUCUCUCUGUGUCUCUCUCUCUCUCUCUCUCUCUCUGUGUCUCUCUCUCUCUGUGUCUCUCUCUCUCUCUCUCUCUCUCUCUCUCUCUCUCUCUGUGUCUCUCUCUCUCUCUCUCUCUCUCUCUCUCUCUCUCUCUCUCUCUCUCUCUCUCUGUGUGUCUCUCUUUAUUUCUUUAAAUUCAAAGGGGUUUUAUUAGCAUGGGGGAAACAUAUGUUUCCAUUGCCAAAGCAAGUGAAUAAUAAUUCUGUCUGUCUUUCUCCCUCAGAGCUGUUGGUCUGUGAUGACCUCCACUCUAUCAUCCGGCUGGUGUUGAAGGCUGGGAACUACAUGAACGCUGUACGGAACAAUUCUCUACUACCAAGGCCUUACAAAUACAUACAGCGCCUUCGGAAAGUAUUCAAACCCCUUGACUCUUUCCACAUUUUGUUACGUUACAGCCUUAUUCUAAAAUGGAUGACAUUGUUUUUUUCCCCCUCAUCAAUCUACAUACAAUACUCCAUAAUGACUAAGCAAAAACAGAUUUUUUGAAAUCUUUGCAAAUAUAUUUGUAAAUAAAAACGGAAAUAUCACAUUUACAUAAGUAUUCAGACCCUUUGCUCAGUACUUUGUUGAAGCACCUUUGGCAGCGAUUACAGCCUCUAGUCUUCUUGGGUAUGAUGCUACAAGCUUGGCACACCUGUAUUUGGGGAGUUUCUCCCAUUCUUCUCUGCAGAUCCUCUCAAGCUCUGUCAGGUUGGAUGGGGAGCGUUGCUGCACAGAUAUUUUCAGGUCUCUCCAGAGAAGUUAGAUCGGGUUCAAGUCCGGGCUCUGGCUGGGCCACUCAAGGACAUUCAGAGACUUGUCCUGAAGCCACUCCUGCGUUGUCUUGGCUGUGUGCUUGGGUUCGUUGUCCUGGUGGAAGGUGAAACUUUGCCCCAGUCUGAGGUCCUGAGACCUCUGGAGCAGGUUUUGAUCAAGGAUCUCUCUGUAUGUUUAAAAAAAUAUAUUUAUUUUAAAUUUAUAGGCGGCAGAUCAGCUUUAAUAUUGCAGAUAGAUUGUAACUUCCAUCAAUGCAAUUGUCUGCAUCACUUCCAUCUCUGUACUUUGCUCCGUUAAUCUUUCCCUCGAUCCUGACUAGUCUCCCAGUCCCUGCCGGUGAAAAUCAUCCCCACAGCAUGAUGCUGCCACCACCAUGCUUCACCAUAGGGAUGGUGCCAGGUUUCCUCCAGACGUGACACUUGGCAUUCAAGCCAAAGAGUUCAAUCUUGGUUUCAUCAGACCAGAGAAUAUUUUCUCAUGGUCUGAGAGUCUUUAAGUGCCUUUUGGAAAACCAUGCAGGCUGCCAUGUACCUUUUACUGAGGAGUGGCAUCCAUCUGGCCACUCUACCAUAAAGGCCUGAUUGGUGGAGUGCUGCAGAGAUGGUUGUCCUUCUGGAAGGUUCUCCCAUUUCCACAGAGGAACUCUGGAGCUCUGUCAGAGUGAUCGUCGGGUUCUUGGUCACCUCGUUGACCAAGACCCUUCUCCCCCGAUUGCUCAGUUUGGCCGGGCGGCCAGCUUUAGGAAGAGUCUUGGUGGUUCCAAACGUAUUCGAUUUAAGUAUGAUGGAGGCUGCUGUGUUCUUGGGGACCUUCAAUGCAGCAAACAUUUUUUGGUACCCUUCCCCAGAUUUGUGCCUCAACACAAUCCUGUCUCGGAGCUCUACGGACAAUUCCUUCGAACUCAUGGCUUGGUUUUUGCUCUGACAUGCACUGUCAACUUUGGGACCUUAUAUAGACAGUUGUGUGCCUUUCCUAAUAAUGUCCAAUCAAUUGAAUUUACCACAGGUGGACUCCAAUCAAGUUGUAGAAACAUCUCAAGGAUGAUCAAUGGAAACAGGAAACACCUGAGCUCAAUUUCGUGUCUCAUAGCAAAGGGUCUGAAUACUUAUGUAAAUAAGGUAUUUCUGUUUUCUUAUUUUUAAUACAUUUCUUAAAACCUGUUUUCGCUUUGUCCAUUAUGGGGUAUAGUGUGUAGAUUGAUGAGGGGGAAAAAAUAAUUUAAUCGGUAUCAGAAUAAGGCUGUAAUGUAACAAAAUGUGGAAAAAGUCAAGGGGUCUGAAUACUUUCCGACGGCACUGUAUGUAUUCUCUAAUAUCAAGGCCUUACUAUAUAUCUGUAUUCUCUAUAUCAAGGCCUUGUUUUCAAACUGCUUUUUAAUGUCUAUUAGUUAGCUCUGGAUAAGUGUCUGUCUUAUGAAUGACUGAAGUGAAAAUGUUAUUGUGUGGUUGUUUAUUCUGUAUGUCGGCAGUGAACAGUAAACUGUUGUUUUAGGGUGGGUACGCUGGCAGUGCCAUCGGUUUCAGGAUGGCAUCUCUACUAAAGCUGGCGGACACCAGGGCCAACAAACCUGGCAUGAAUCUCAUGCACUACGUCACCAUGGUGAGAGGGAGGGGUGGAUGGGAGGGAGAGAUAGAUGGAUGGGCAUGGGGAGGGAGAGAUCAAAUCAAUUUUUAUUUGUCACAUGCGCCAAAUACAACAGGUGUAGACCUUACCGUGAAAUUCUUACUUACAAGCCCUUAACCAACAAUGAAGUUACGAAAAUAUUUACUAAAUAAAUUAAAGUUACAAAAAUAAUGUAAAAAGGAACACAAGAAAAUUACAUAACAAUAACGAGGCUAUAUUCAGGGGUUACCGGUACCAAGUCAACGUGCGGGGGUACAGGUUAGUCGAGGCAGGGCAGGGGAGGGACAGAUGGCAGGGCAGGGAAUGGAGAGGGGGAGGGGGAGGGGGAGGUGAAAGGGAGGACAAGAGGGGAGAAAGGGAUUAAUAUGAAAAUAUAAAUGAAGACUAUGUGAACGGAUACAUCCAGGCUCUGAGGAUAACACAUUAAAACAUUCUACAAUAACGAUACUAACUCGCCCUCUAUCUAUCACAGCAAGCACAGGAGAUAGACGUUGCCUUGUUGAACUUCCCCGAGCAGCUUGAACACAUUGGGAUGGCUGCAAAGUAGGCAUACAUUAAUACCAGUUACUACCUUGGUCCUGUAAUUCAAGUAAUGUUUUUAUUUGUUGUUUAUUAAUGGUUGCUCACAAUGUAAAGAGCUUUUAUGAUUUCAUGUUUUGUAAAUGAAAAGCGCUCUACAAAUGAAAUGUAUGAUUAUUUAUUAUUAUCGGCUUGGAAUACACGAAAUGUUUUCUUAUUGAGUUUGAGUGGGAUAAAAAUGUAUUUACUGUGUCAGUAGAUGUAGUAAGGUGGACGAAGUGGCACAUACAUUUUGAAUUUAUUAUAAAUGUGUUUUUACAGGGUGCACAGGCAGGAGGUGGAGGCAGACUUUCAGAGGGAGGCAGAGAAGGUGAAGCAAGCAAAGAUGGACGCCAGCAGACAGCCUGAGCUACUGUUACAGAUGGAGACCUUCCUCACGGUGAGAGAUGACCAGCACACACACACACACACACACACACACACACACACACACACACACACACACACACACACCUUUUCUCCGUGACCUGUUUUAGUUUAUAAGUCCAUCCCUGUUGUAUAGUGUGUUACUGUGAGUCAAUAUCCUGGACAUUUUGAAAUGUUACGUUAUCGGUGACCAUUUAUGUUUAGUUUUAUAUUGCUUGAGUGUAAAAGCACUGGAUGACUGAGGAGAAUGCACUUCUCUGCCCCAUAUAGUCUGUAUCUCACAUAAUUACUGGCCUUCUGGACAUUUUUGUUGAAGUGAACUUAGAUUUUACAGUGAAUGUGGUUGACAACAUUUAACCAUAAAACUAACGCAUGAGUUGUACCCGUAGUGUUCUCUCUCCCACUCUGCUGUUAUGUAUCUCAAACACUUGUCUGUCAGAGGUCAGAGGGCGGAGGUCAGGCUGGCUGAUGGACCUCUACUCUGUUCUAAUGCUGUUUUCAACCCCAGUAGUCUUCCUGUAACCUAGUGAUCUGACUGUAGAACUCUCUUUUCACUUUCUCUCUCUUUUCACUUUCUCUCUUUCUCUCUUUCUCUCUUUCUCUCUUUCUCUCUCUCUCUCUUUCUCUCUCUCUCUCUCUCUCUCUCUCUCUCUCUCUCUCUCCGUCUGUCUAUCUUUCUGUGUCUCUCCGUCUGUCCGUCUGUCUGUGUCUGUGUCUGUGUCUGUGUCUGUCUCUCUCUGUCUGUCUCUCUCUGUCUGUCUCUCUCUGUCUGUCUCUCUCUGUCUGUCUCUCUCUGUCUGUCUCUCUCUGUCUGUCUCUCUCUGUCUGUCUCUCUGUCAGAGGGCGGAGGCCAGGCUGGCUGACCUACAGGCCUGUCUGUUUGACCUCAACUCCCUGAGCCAAGCUGUAGCAGAGUACUUCUGUGAAGACCCAGCCACGUUUCAACUGGAGGUGUGCUGCUCCAUAUUCUCUUCUUUCUGUGAGCGCUUCAACAGGGCUGUUCAGGUGAGACUAGACUGAACACAUUAGGUUUGCAGAAUUCCUCACAUUUUUCCCCAAAUGCAAUUUUUUUUCCAGAAAUCCUGGUUGUCCUGCUUAUUCCUUCAUAAUUCCAGGAAUCUUCCAACCAGGAUUUCUGGGGAAUUUGGGGAAAGUUAACUUGGAUUUUGUAUGUAUUUUUUUUAUAGUACUACUGAUAUUGAUUACUGUAUUGUUGGGAAAGAGCAAGCCUCGGUGACAUGUUAACACAUGAUGAAGAAGAAUCAGCAACAGUCCGAUGUUCCUACAGAAUAUAGUGGUCUUCCCAGUGACAGGCAAUGCCCACUGUCCAUCUGUCCACAUUUAGUUUAAUAUCUGUGCACUCAAACACAACCAACUCUAUGUUUUAGCCACUUCACACAUCGCACGCUCUCACACCCUUCCAUCUUCUCUCUCUCUCCUCCUCUCUUUUCCUCCCCUUGCCUCUCUCUGACCCCAUCCCUCUCUCUCUCCUCUCCUCUCUCCGACCCAAUCCCUCUCUCUCUUCUCUCCUUUCUCUGACCCCAUCCCUCUCUCUCUCCUCUCCUGUCUCUGACCCCAUCCCCCUCUCUCUCCUCUCCUGUCUCUGACCCCAUCCCUCUCUCUCUCUCCCUCUCUCUCCUCUCCUCUCUCCGACCCAAUCCCUCUCUCUCUCUCUCCUCUCUCUGACCCAUCCCUCUCUCUCUCCUCUCCUGUCUCUGACCCCAUCCCUCUCUCUCCUCGCCUCUCUCUGACCCCAUCCCUCUCUCUCCUCGCCUCUCUCUGACCCCAUCCCUCUCUCUCUCUCCUCUCCUGUCUCUGACCCCAUCCCUCUCCCUCUCUCUCUCCUCUCCUGUCUCUGACCCCAUCCCUCUCUCCCUCUCUCUCUCCUCUCCUGUCUCUGACCCCAUCCCUCUCUCUCUCCUCUCCUCUCUCUGACCCCAUCCCUCUCCCUCUCUCUCUCCUCUCCUCUCUAUGACCCCAUCCCUGUGUCUCUCCUCCCCAUCAGGAGAACCGUGAGCGUGAGGCAGCCGAGCUGAGACGCAGGCAGAGGGAGAGGUUCUGUAACGUGGCCAAGCGUCGCUCCACUGCCACCUGCUCUGACCUGGACCCCCACCUAUGUCUGGAGGCCUCCGGCCCUGGUUCCGCAAUGGAGUCUAUCCUCCACAACUUCCUGACCACCAUACGCCCCAGGGGUCUGGCAAGGCGCAGACACCACCACCACCUCCCCCCCGGGAUGUUGUCCCCCAUCGGGGGCUCGCCCAUCGAGCCCUGCCCCCAGUCCAACCCCCUGGCUGAUGAGCCAGAGACUGGAGCUGGACCAGGGUCUAGGCGUUAUGCCAGCCCAGGAGGGAGCACCCUGGGUGGGGAGGCAGGUGUGCUGACACCCCUGAAGGACCAGGAGGACCAGGGGCAGAGGGAGGAGAAGAGUGGGGAGGGCUGGCCCAGAGAGCUGUGUAGCCCUGCUGCGGUGGUCGAGAGGUUGGAUGGGGAGAUUGAGGAAGAGGACUAUGACUCCUAUCUGGACCCCAAUUCAGAGAUGUGUGAGCAGGAGGAAGAGGAGGAGAAGGAACACGAGGGGGAGACGGCGACCCCUGUGGACCAGUGGAGAUGUUUUGGGUCAAAGAGAGCCUCGUCCAUUGACCAGAAACUGACCCCUAAGAGCUGUGGCCGCCGUAGCCUGUCCCCUCGCCAACACGCACCCCACACCCAGAAGGAGGAGAGGAGAGUGGGCAAGGAGGAGAAGGAAGAGGUGGAGAGGAUGCGUGAGGUGUCCAGGAAGAUGCUUCACUACCAGACCGGCCGAGGCAGGCUAUCUGGUGACCUACAACAUCCUGGACUGCCAGAGUUGGGCGGCACUACCCCUCAACGCGCCACACCUCACCCUCUCCACCCCCGCCCUGUCUCUCAACCCUCCACCCCAGGUCAUCGCUCCUGCCCUACCCCACAGCCCUCCACCCCUCGCCACAGGGAGAUGAGAGAGGUAGACCUGGCUCUCUAUAACAGCAUGGGGAACCUGGGCUCCCCCUGGACCAUCCUCAGCCCCAGCGUCUCUCCCCAAAACCACACCCCGUACCACACCGCCCACCGACGACACUCCUUCUCCGCCCCCAGUGCCGAUGAUGGCCUUGACGACGGCGUCUGGUCAUUGCCCCGCACCCCCACCCGCCCUUCCACCCCUACCCACCCUUCCACCGCCACCUGCCCCCCUCUGGUGCUGCUGGGGAGGAUGAGGGCUAUGGAGGGGCACCCUGGACCCUCAGACCUCCAGGGAGAGGCAGGGAGGGGGCCCAUGUCCCUGCCUGACUGCCCCAGUCAGAGAGCUCUGUCCCAGGGCCCCGUGCUUCGCUCUCUCUCCUUGGAUGAGACUGGAGGGAGCCAGGCUCCAGGAUUAAUCUUCCGCCUGGGGGACCUGUUCCAGAGACGCAACGCACUGUUGGCCCCGGCUGUGGCUGAGGCUGGUGGUGGUGCUAGGGCUGGUGCUGAGAUGGGGUUUGCUACAGAGGCUCUGAAACCCUUGGAGAGGCAGAACAGUAGCUCUGGGAUUGUGUCUUUCUUCAGACGCUUUGGGGAGCGGAGACGAGCCAGCUUGGAGGAACAGGACUCCAGAGGAACAGAUACUUAA